CAGCCCGCGGGUCAGGCCCCUCUCCAGAGAGGCGCGCGAGGGGCGUCCUGAGGGGGCUCUGCGGAUGUCCAUGUGACGCCACGUCCCGGGCCUGCCGGGGUAUGGGUGUGCUCAGGGUCGGGCUGUGCCCUGGGCUCAGCCAGGAGAUGAUCGAGCUGCUGAGGAGCUGUGGGAUCAGGACAGUGGUGGACCUGGCCUCCGCAGACCUGGAGGAGGUGGCCCAGAAGUCUGGCCUGUCCUAUAAGGCCCUGGUCGCACUGAGGCGGGUGCUGCUGGCCCAGUUCUCAGCUUUCCCCAUCAACGGCGCUGACCUCUAUGAGGAACUGAAGACCUCCACUGCCAUCCUGUCCACAGGCAUAGGCGGCCUGGACAAACUUCUUGAUGCUGGUCUUUAUACUGGAGAAGUAACUGAAAUUGUGGGAGCCCCGGGUAGUGGCAAAACUCAGGUGUGUCUGUGUGUGGCUGCAUCUGUGGCCCACAGCCUACAGCAGAACGUCUUGUACAUUGAUUCCAAUGGAGGGCUGACAGCCUCACGCCUCCUCCAGCUGCUCCAGGCUAGAACCCAUGAUGAGGAGGAACAGGCAGCAGCUCUGCAGCGGAUCCAGGUGGCCCGUGCAUUUGACAUCUUCCAGAUGCUGAAUGUGCUGCAGGACAUCCGAGGCACCAUAGCCCAGCAGGUGACUGGUUCUUCAGGGAUGAUGAAGGUAGUAGUCGUGGACUCGGUCACCGCUGUAGUCUCCCCACUUCUGGGAGGGCAGCAGAGGGAAGGCUUGGCCUUGAUGAUGCAACUGGCCCGAGAGCUGAAGACCCUGGCCCGGGAUCUCGGCAUGGCAGUGGUGGUGACCAACCACGUGACUCAAGACAGGGAGAGUGGGAAGGUUAAACCUGCUCUUGGACGCUCCUGGAGCUUUGUGCCAAACACCCGGGUACUCCUGGGCAUCCCUGAGGGAGCAGGAGCAGUAGGCAGCAGGCAGCGCACAGUGUGUCUAACCAAAUCCUCUCGUCAGCCGACAGGUAUCCAGGAGAUUGUGGACAUUGGUGCCUGGGGGCCUGCGGAGCUGGGGCCAGCGUUACAGGAAGAGCAGACAUGACUGGGGCUGUGGACUGGGACGUGGGGGUGCACAUGGAGGCCCCUCAUAGUACGUGCUGUUUACUCACCCCUUGGGACUUUGCGUUCUCAGGCUGGCCAGAGCAGAGACACUGUCUCACCAGGGCCACAGGCUGCAGUGGCAGGCUGCUCUGCGAGGCCAGAGGAUCAGACUCCGUCCCUGGUCCCACAGAAGCCACAUGGGCGAUUCGGAGCAUCUCUGGAGAGGCACAUUAAUGACUGACUGGAUCAGCCUGAGUGUCUCCAUCUGACCCUACACUGAGUUGUAGUGCAAUGUCCCAGCCAGGAGGCCUGCAGCUUGCUUACCUUGAUUCCGUCUCACUGU